AUGGCCGACCAAACCAAAUUUCACCCCGCACUUGCUGUCAACAACGUUAAGAAUUUCAUUCCUAUCACUUUAGAAAUGGAAAAGGGUCAUUAUUCUUCAUGGGCAGAGUUGUUCAAAAUCCAUUGCCGAGCAUACCAAGUCAUCGAUCACAUUCUCCCACCUACACCAACAUCAACUGACACGGCAACGGAAAAAGUUGCCGAAGUUGAUCCAGCACUUUGGUCUCGCUUGGAUGCUAUCGUCCUUCAAUGGAUCUACGGCACCAUCUCCAAUGAUCUUUUACACACCAUCUUACAACCCGAUUCGACUGCACAACAAGCAUGGGAACGAUUACAAAAUAUCUUCCUGGACAACAAAAACUCACGCGCUGUCUACCUGGAGAAUCAAUUCACUCACGUUCAUAUGGACGACUAUCCCAACAUCUCGGCAUACUGCCAAGAACUCAAAAUGCUUGCUGAUCAACUAUCUAACGUUGGUGCACCAAUCUCAAAUCAAAGUAUGGUGAGGCCUCAGUUUGAUCAGAUCGCUAGGGCUAUGGAGAUGAUGGCCAUGGUGAUGCAGCAGCAAAGUGCUCACUUUUCUCAGAUGGAGGCAGGUAGAGCUGCGAUUGAGGUAGCUAGAUCGAUGGUCCCUCAGGAUGGGAGAGAUUUAGCAGAGUUUAGGAGAUGUUAG